AAAUUUAGGCUGUUACAGUUUAUUCAAUAAUCCAUUAUUAAGCAACCAUGGCUUAGCAUGCUGCAUAAACUUAAAAUGGUGUUAGUACAUAUAUAGCUUUAUUGUCAUACGAAUUACAAGUAUUUUAUACACACAUUAUUCCUUAUAUCUCUGAGUUGCAUUGUUAAUAUUUUGAGUAUAGGUACACUAUUUAUUAAAUAAAUAGCAUAUUCACACAACUCUAAAAACUCUUUGCAGUUUUGCCUAUUCAGUAAAAACCGGAACUUAUCACAAAUUGCUUUUCAGCAUAAACAGUUUAAUAUUUUCCUUGUCAAGGUGUCUUAAAACCAUAUUAUAUGUUUUUAAACGUUUGGAAACCUUUUUUAAAAUUAAAUUUCAAAGAAUAACAUUUUACAUGUACCAGAAUUAUUUUAUAAAUUAAAAAAGUAACUGGAUAAUGAAUCUAAAAUAAUCAAGUUUGAUUGCAUGGGUAUAUGUUUUUGUUUCUGCUGCCAUUUUUCCAAUCAUCCUAGAAUGACAUCCUUAUACCUGAAGAGAUUACUGGAUCAGGCCAGAAGGAAAGAAGUGAACUACAUAACUCGGUAUAUUGCCAGCUUAACGGUGCAGCCAGAGAAAAACACAGCAAUAACUCAGACUUGGCUAAAAGCAGUACAUGCCAAGAAAGACUCUUGCAGUCGAGCAUUCUGUAUAAAAGUCAUUGAAGAGAAAAGAAAGAAAAAAAGACAGUCCAAUGCCAGAGAAACAAUUGAAAGCGUUGGGAGGAGAAUCCCAUACAACAUUAUACGACUAAUUGAUGAGAACGGCACAGACAAGGGGGAAAUGCAUAGGGGAAAUGUACUUCGUAUCAUGGAUGAAAGAGGGAUGAAUCUUAUCCUGCUGUCGGACAAAACAGAUCCGCCCAAGUACCAACUAAUGACAGGAAAACAGAUUUAUGAAGAACGUCUCAAAACUAGAGAUGAGAAAGCUAGCUCCAAAACAGGGUCUGUUCAAGAGAAAAGGAUUAAAAUGUCCACAGUUACUGAGCAGCACGAUUUCAGUACAAAAAUAAAACAAAUUCAAGAAUGGAUCGACAAGAAGUACCAUGUGAAAAUUGUGCUGUAUCAAAAACCUAUUUCUGAUGGACCAGAAAAGAUGCUGAGACUAUCCAUUGAAGACAAAUGGUAGAUGACUGAGGAUGAAUGAAGAAAAGCACUUCGUUCUCUUGGUAUGUGGUAGAGAUGUCAAUCACUAAAAUGCAAUUUGAAUAUGCAGUUCAAUAUGAAUAAUCAAAUCUGCCUGAACCAAAAUAGUAUGCACACAUGAGCAAACUCCACUGAAUCUCUGAAUCAAUUCAAAGGUACCUAAUACAAUUUGACAAUUCAGUAAAUUACUUUUAAUCAAAUCUUUGCACAGCUCUAAAAUUACCUAUUUAUGAAAUGAACUGCUAUAGCAUGAGGAGGUGGACAGCAAUUCAAAUUUAGGAACAAAUCCAACCAUUCACAGAGCAUCUGAACAGGAAUAUAGCUGCUAUGUAUAAAGUAAAUACAAAUACAUAAAUACAUGUUACUUGCAAAUCAGACACAUUUCCAAAUACAAAUCCCUAAAAACGGGUCUGAUUAUAUCACAUGCUGUUGGUGGACUUCUCAAACAUAUCUAGCUAGUUACAGCUGGAAACCAGCACAGCGGAUCCAGUUAACCUUCAGUCUGAUCCUAUAAGCAUUCCUUAUACUUGCAUGUGUGUUGUAAAUAUAUAUUCAUCGCUCGUUACCUGUGAGAAGAAUCUAGCUGUAAACCAACAGUUGGCAUACUCUAUUUACAGAAAAUAUUUAAUUCAUAAAAGUGGAAAUAAAUUAACAGAAAAAAAUAUUCAGUGGACUUCCAACAUGAAUUAACUUUUUAAAAUAACUCUUAAUUCAUGUAUUUAUAAAUGUAUAUGCUCCCUCAAUUACCAAAGUAACUCUACAGCAACUCUA